CCAUGGUGAUACUUCAUGUUGAUUAAUGGGAUUUUCUUCAUAGUACUUGCACUUCUGAUUUUCUCUUUCUUAGCGGAUGCUGAAACAUUUGGUCCUUCCCUGGUAUCUCUGGUCCGGCGAGCAUUGUGGGAAUUCAUAGCACUCUCCCUUCACUGCUUCACAGAUGGUGCCCAAGGGCUAGAGAGAGUUAUCCAGGAACGAGUGAGAUCUAUAAUGGCUGGAGUCAGUCCUGCUAUUCAGACGUUGGUCCGUAAACACUUCAAUAUGCAGCUGAGAUCCAUGAUGAGCCGCAUGACCAUAACAGAUGAUCAUAUUCGCCGUUAUGUAGUAUCUCCAGAUGAGGGAAGCGUAUGGAGGAAGAACGAAGUCGUAGACUACGUGAUAGUGGAGUCUCCAGCUGCGGAGCCUACCCCUUUACCACAAAUGACCUCACAUCAUUCUUCUACAGCAGACAUGGUUCAUGUGACCCCAGCUAAUGUACCUGCUGAAGAGCCCAUGGAAGUGGAAGAGGUUGGAUGUAUGGAGGAAGUCAUAACCACAGGGGUUGAGGCAGAGUUAAAAUUGCAACUGAAGGAGCCACUGGAGGAACUGAGGAAGCAAAGGAAGAUGAGUCUCUCACAGAGGAACCACCUGUUACAAUAAAUGUUGGAUCUCAGCCUUGGCAUCCAGCUGUUCCACAGGACUGGAUACCAGUUAUAACACGUGAUGUUAGAGAGACAACAGCGCGGUGUUCCAGAUACAAACUUGAGUGAUGCCUACCUUUGUGGAAUGCCACUUAAACGUCGCAAACUUGCUUCUCAGCACAAACCUCAUGGGACAGUGCAGCAGGUUA